AUGUCUCACCUUGGCGUGUCAGUCAACGUCGGCCAACACCACAAGCCGGAUGUCGUCAAGUCUUGCAGACUACAACCGAGUGCAGUUGACCCCCAAGGCCACGGACCCAGCAGACCAGCUCGUCGGAGGCUGUGGUCCCAGUUGCGCGGCGCGGCGAUCGAUGACGCCCAACGGCAGAUGGGCGAUUUUUACGUCCCUCCCACAUUCCACUUGCAUUCCACCGGUCCUGUUCCUCAACGGCGUCCCGAAGCUAGUCUCGACAUUGGCUGGGCGCUGGUCAAGAUAUGCAACGGCCACAAAACAAUGGAGAAAGCAAAGAAGGCAGUUUCUAACUUCCUCUCUCAGGACGGCAAGCACAAGACUACGGUCGACGAGGAUGUUCGAGAAGCUGUUACCGAGGAACACGUGUAUCCCGAGCAGCAUGAGCAAAUAGUCACUGCUGUGAAUCGCGAGGUCCACCAAGACCACCACCAGACGGUGAUCCAGCCCAUCAAAGCAAAGGAAACAGUGCCCGAGAAGCACACCUACAACGCCGUUCCUGUCGAGCACAAGACCGUUGAGCACGGAAACAAGGAGGACGUCCAAGCUGCUCUGCAAAAAGACGCCGCAAAUUACGUCAACAGCUCGACUACACAUGACACCAAACGCACGGCCACGGCCGCUCCCGCGGUCCAAGGAGAGCACACGCAGCACCAUGUCCAUCAUCACAUUCAGCACGUCAUCGAGAAAGAGACGAUCCAGCCAGAGUACAUCCACACCACGGUCCCGGUCCAUGAAACACAUCACGCCAAGCCCAUCCACCACGAAGCCACUGUUCUGCCGGCCAAGUCUCUGGAAGAGUACACUGCUAGCCGUGGAGACUUGCAGGCUCAUCCUACCAACAAGGUGAAAGAGUUCCCAGGCUGCCCAACGUUGAAGGACAAGUCUCUUGAAUCAAAGUCGCAGGGCCAACAGGCCAUUCAUGGACAUUAA